AUGCAGUCAGUUUACACUUUGACCUGCGUGCAGAUUGUGCAAUCAGAGAGGUUAUUAAGCUCUGUUAAACAAAGCCUGAUCACACACAGCCUCUGUUACAGCUCUUCACAAUGAAGUUCCGUGUUAAACUCUUUUUAUUCGGGAGUCUGAGCGCAGCUUUCAUUGCGCUCCAGUGGAGUGGCCCUACUUUCAGAGAAGAGUCUCUGAAAGGCAUGAGGGUGCUUGUGACUGGUGCGAGCACUGGCAUCGGGGAGCAGGUGGCGUACCAUUAUGCCCGCAUGGGUGCUCAGAUUGUCAUCACAGCAAGAAGAGAACAUGUAUUAAAAGAGGUUGUAAAGAAGUGUCUGGAUCUGGGAGCUCAGAAAGCUCUGUAUAUUGCAGCGGACAUGGCUGAAAUGGCUGAUGCAGAGCGGGUGGUGGAGUUUGCUAAAGAGCAGCUUCACGAGCUGGACUACGUAGUACUUAAUCACAUCGGGCCGAGUCCAUAUGGGAUGUGGGAUGCUGAUGUGGAUCACGUUAAAUGGCUCAUGCAGGUGAAUUUCCACAGUUAUGUGAAAAUGGCUGUGAAAGCUUUACCAGUUCUGGAGAAGACUAAUGGAUCACUGAUUGUUGUCUCUUCCUUGUAUGGUAAAAUGUGUUUACCUUUUGGUCUACCGUAUGCCGCUACCAAAUUUGCCCUGAAUGGCUUCUUUGGGAGUCUCCAGCAUGAUCUGGCUAUGAAGCACAGCAACGUAUCUGUCACUAUCUGCACCCUGGGCCUCAUUGACACGGAGUCAGCUAUGGAAAAAAUCAAAGGCUACAUUGACAUGCCUGCUUACCCUGCACAUGAGGCUGCGUAUCAGAUCAUCAAGGCUGGAGCACUUCGUGAGAGCGAGGCCUUCUACCCCUGGUACACCUUCUAUGCCUCACUCUUCAGAGAUUGGUUCCCUUACCACAGAGAUCAGGUCAUUAGGAAGGUUUACAAAUACCAGCCAUAAUUCGGUGCUGGUCACUGGCACUUACAGACAACAUGGAGUGUUCAUUUGGUGCUCUGGAUAAACAUGAUAGAACACUGAUAAAGCACAGUGUGAGGAAUGUUUAAUGCUAAAUUAAGUUGCCUGUAAAUUAUUAUAAAUUUCUACAUGUAAACGGUAUAGAAUAUAAAUGGUAUAAAUAUAUGUGUGCUGUGUUAUAAAAUAUUUUCAUCAGAUAUUGUAUUGUUGCCAUAUCUCCCCCAGUCACUGGUGAAGGUUCUGAUUAGUCAGGAGCUGAUUAACUGUCUGUAACAACGAUUUUGUUUUUCUUAUUAAGUGAAGCUGAUGAGGGAAUGAUGGGAAUGAGGGAAUUGUUCACAUCUGCUGUAAGUGAGAAUCUUGUAUCAUGGACAUUCCAUAGCAUUAAGCAUGCAAUAACUCUAAACAGACAUAACUGUUAGAGUUGGAAAAAUGAUGUUUACUGAGAGAAAUAAAACACAUCAGAACGUGUUUUAUACCAGGUGGUAA